AUGCCUGUUGAGGAUAGUGAUGUUGAGUCUAAUGCUUGGCCUUCUGAUGAUAGUGAAGAUGAUGAUUAUGAAGCUUCUGAUGUUGAGGCUGAUUUUGAUAUGGACUUGGACAUUGAGGAUGAGUACAUUGUGAGAGAAGAAGAUCUAGCUGAUAAUAUCCCUGAGAAGACCUUUGAGGAUUACUUAGAUGGGUCCCAUGUGUUAGACAAAAUGUACAAAAAUGGUAAAUUUCUUGAGGUUUUCAGAGAUUACUGCAUACAAGAAGGGUUCUCUGUUUCAGUGAACUAUGCUGAUAAUCAAAGACACUUGUUACAAGACUUGGAGGCAAACCUAGAGAUUCCAAUUGAUUCAUUGCAGAGGGUGUGCAUGGAAAGGUACAGGAUCCAUGUGAAGUUGAGGUUGUUAUACAAAGUGAAGAGUUUAGGCACGGAGCAAUUACAUGGUGGUUUUGCUCAGUCCUAUGCAGUUCUACCAAAGUAUGCAAAGAUGAUAAAGGUCACAAAUCUUGGGUCAUAUGCUCUUGUUACAUGGACUACUAAUGGGGAUCAGAGUUUCAAAUUCAAGGCCUGUUUCAUAUCUUUUGCAGCUCAAGUGAAAGGAUUCUUAGGGGGUUGCAGACCUAUCAUAGGAAUAGAUGGUGCACAUCUAAGUGGAUAUUACAAAGGGAUUAUGCUAACUACAGUUUCAAUUGAUGGGAAUAAUGAAUUUUUUGUGUUAGCCUAUGGGAUUGUUGACACAGAGAGCAUAGAUUCCUGGACUUAUUUCUUCAUAAACUUAAGGUGCUUAUUUGCCCACUAUGGAUCUGAGAAGGAUGACUGGACUUUUAUAAGUGACAGGAUGAGGACUGCAGGAUGGAGUGGGACAACAUUUCAUAAGCUGUUUUGGAUUGCUGCAAAUGCAUACAAUGAGUAUGUGUUUGGAAAAGCAAUGUGCAAGAUAAAAGAGUAUGAUGCAGCAGCAUUUGAUUAUCUGACAAAGGUUGAAGAGCAAUGGAGUGUGCACAUGUUUGACAGAGCAGUUUGUUGUGAUCAUAACACAACAAACUUUGUUGAGUCAUUCAAUGUAAUUACCAAGUCCAACAGAGAUAUGCCUGCGUUGACAUUACUGGAAGCUCUCGGGAAUUGGUGCAUGAAAAAGAUGGGUUCCAGGUUCGAUAAAGCAAUUGAUAUGGAACCUAAUGAGCUGACAGAGUAUGCUAAAGGGGUGUUGGAGACAAGGACUGAUGAGUCUAGGUUUUGCCAUGUGACAGCAGCUGGUGGUGGAAAAUUUGAAGACAGGGAUGGCCAUGUUAAGUUCCCUAUCACACUUGGGAAUAUGAGCUAUGGGUGUGGGAAAUGGCAAGGCUCAGGGAUACCAUGCAAGCAUGGUCUUAAGGUCAUUUACAACCAAAGACUUGAACCUAGGGAUUUUGUGUCACCAUACUUCAAGGGCGCUGCACAUAAACUGACUUAUGCAGACCACAUCCACCCCAUGGCUGAUCCAACCCACUGGCCAUCACUUGAUGUGCCUGAAAUUGCACCACCCCAUGGCAAAAGAAGUGCAGGCAGACCAGCUAAGAAGAGAAGAAGAGCCCCUCAUGAAGCAAAGAAAGGAAAGAGGCAUAAGAACAACAAAUGCAGUCUUUGCAAAGAAGUGGGACACAAUGCCUUAACCUGUAAGGCAGCAGUAAAAAAAGGCAGAAAAUGCAGCAUCCACUUCACAGCAAGGCAACAGAAGGGGGAAGAAGAGAAAGGCUGGUAA